CAAGCUAUGCGUUUUAUUCGUGAAGGCUGAAGCUCACAACUCACAACUCACAACUCAGAGGGGAAAGAAAAGAAAAGAAACCUCUCAACCCAGGAAGGAAAAUUUCCCAUUCGAGAGGGACUGAACAAAACCGUAAACGCAGAAACCAAAAAAGACACCGUCGUACAUGUAAGUUUCGUUUCGACCUCUUCCUCCACACACACUCAUUUUGCAUCACAAAUUCUUCACCAAUCCAACCACCAACGCAAACUCUUCGCCUCUACACGUUGCGUUGAUGAUGUCUCGCUGGGUAUUGAGAGUUCUAGCUUGUCGGCAUUGUUAGGCUUUGAAGUGUUUGUGAUUAGAAGAAGAUCAAGGGUUAUUUCCUCAAAUUAUCAUUGUUAAGCUUCCUGUUUGUGAGUGCCGUUAUUUAUUAGGGGUUUUAUAUCAUGCUUAAUUUCUCACCGGAAGAAAGGGUAACCGUGUAUUCUUUCCUCUAAAGGAACGAGGGGAGGGUGCUGGAGAUUUAAGUGCGUGCAUCGACUAUAUUUAGGUCUCUCGUCAUUACAACUUCCAUCUUAUGGAUAUUGCCUCUUACACAUACUUCUGAAUGUCUCCGAGGCUCUCAAGAAUAAACUGUAGUCAUAUAUUGUUUGUUUUAGAUGCCUUUAAGUUCAAAUUCACCAUCAGUGAAAGUUGGCCUAGCCAUGAAUCAGAAUGCACUUUCUUCUUCUGAAAACCAUGAAAGGAGUUUGAAACCUGAGGAGGACAAAGAAGAAGGGGAGGAAGGGGAGGAGGAGGAAGAUGAAGAUUUUAACCCUUUUCUAAAGGAUACUCCUUCACAAGAAGCAUCUUCAAGUUUGAGCUCUGAAGUUGAUGGUUUGGAUGGUAAUGUUGUCACUAGUGGGCCAUCCGUGGAUUCAGACUUAUCAAAAAUAGCUACUAAGGAACCAAUCUGUACUGUUGUUGAUACUGAACAUGGUGAGGAAGAGAUUAUUUUACAAUAUUCAGGUAUGAUCUCUCAGUCAGAGAUUAAUCAAGAGAAGCACAAUGACCUAACUAGAGCAACUAACGGUAAUGGUUCUAGGACAGGAGAACUAAGUAACAAAACAAAAUCCCGGAGUCCAGUAAUAGACAUAGAUAAUGAGGAUGCUAUCUGUAUGCGUACUAGAGCUCGUUAUUCACUUGCAAGUUUUACACUUGAUGAGCUUGAGACUUUUCUUCAAGAGACCGAUGAUGAUGAUGAUCUUCAAAAUGCUGAUGAUGAAGAAGAGUAUAAAAGGUUUUUAGCAGCUGUUUUACAGAGUGGGGAUGGUGAUGGUCUUUCAAAUCAAGAAAAUGAAAAUCUUGAUGACGAUGAGGAUAACGAUGUAGACUUUGAGAUAGAACUUGAAGAGUUAUUGGAAAGUGAUGCUGAUGACAAUGCAUCUGUAAGAACUCGAAAAGAGUAUGAUGGAGCUGGACGACGGCCUGAGACUAGGCAAAAUAAGCGCCAAAAGGUCUCCACCCUAUGUGAGAAGAAAACAAUAGGAGAAGUCAAGAAGCCACUGCGCCCCAUUUUGCCAAAUUGGCUUAACGGACCCCUACCUUCUGGGAAAGGUUUGAUUCCUGAGGCUACUCUAAGCUUUCAAUCUUCUGCUUCAGGAAAUGGUCUUGUCAAUGGGUUUACUGCCCAGCAGAUUGGCCAAUUGCACUGUUUGAUACAUGAGCAUGUACAACUUCUUAUUCAGGUAUUUUCUCUAUCGGUUCUUGAACCCUCCCAAAAACAGGUUGCUUCUCAAGUUCAAGGCUUGCUUUCUGAGAUGCUCCACAAACGUGAUGAAAUAUUAUCCUUGAAACGGGUGCCAUAUCCCAGUGUUUGCUUUAGUCCAUCUUUUUCUCACUCAUCUGUGUCCAAUGGGGGCUCAAAACUUGUCCAGGCCCAGUGCAACAAAGAAUAUGCUCCACCACAAGAUGUACAAAAUAUGUGUUUUUCUCAAUUCAAUCGGAGCUCCCUUGAAAGUUUGAAUAGGCAAAGAAGUUGUUUGCAAGCUACUGAGAGUUCUUUCUGGGUUCCUUUUGUUAGAAGCCCUGUACAGUCUAUUUUGGAUGUUUCUCCUCUUAAUUUAGUAAGAAGAUAUGUAGACGACGUUUCUUCUGCUGCCCAAGAGUUUCGAAAGAGAUACAUUGCAUCUGGUUGUGAUUCACCUGUUGAAAAGGAACCUCUCUUUCCUUUUUCUUCAUCAAUGGCUGAAGCCAAUGGAGAAAGUUCAAGUGGAACCAUCUCUAGAGCAGUUAAUGCAGCCUCAACAUCACCUGGUAAACAAAAACCUAAGAAAACAUUGGCUGCCAUGCUUGUUGAAAGUACGAAGAAGCAGUCAAUUGCUCUGGUGCCGAAGGAAGUUGCAAAGUUAGCUCAAAGAUUUUUAGUCUUGUUCAAUCCAGCAUUAUUCCCACACAAGCCACCCCCAGCAGCAGUUGUAAACAGGAUACUUUUCACCGAUUCAGAGGAUGAAUUACUAGCCUUAGGAAUAAUGGAAUAUAAUACGGAUUGGAAAGCGAUUCAACAACGUUUUCUUCCCUGCAAGUCUAAGCACCAGAUUUUUGUCAGGCAGAAAAACCGUUGCUCUUCAAAAGCAUCAGAGAAUCCAAUUAAGGCAGUUCGAAGAAUGAAAACCUCCCCAUUGACUGCAGAGGAGAUAGCGUGCGUUCAAGAGGGACUUAAGAUUUAUAAAUUUGAUUGGAUGUCUGUAUGGCAAUAUAUUGUUCCACAUAGAGAUCCAUCCUUACUUCCACGCCAGUGGCGCAUUGCUCUGGGCACUCAAAAGUCAUACAAGAUAGAUGCAUCAAAAAGGGAGAAGCGGAGAUUGUAUGAGUCAAAAAGAAGAAAGUUGAAGGCUGCUGCAUUAGAAAGCUGGCAAGCUAUAUCUGAUAAAGAGGAAUGUGAUGCUGACAUUGCUGGUUCAGAGUGCAUGGAUUAUUCAGAGGUACCAUAUGUCCACCAGGCAUUUUUGGCAGAUUGGAGGCCAGACACAUCUACUCUUAAUUAUUCAGAACGUAUUUCCACUACAUCUGGAGAAGGAAACAUGGCUCACAAUGCUUUUCCUCAAGAUAUUCAAUUUUAUAGGGGUACUCAUGAUUAUGGUUCAAGUGGAAGAGUUCAACAUCAGAGUGGUAAUCAGUCUGCAUUUCCAUCUGUAUCUAAGCUUCCUCAGUUUACUACAUCUGAUUUGAGAAAUGGAAUGAAUGGUGCUCCUAGUGGUAUUAAUCCUAAAAAACCAGUUUUUGAUGUGACUUCUGGCUCCAAAUAUUAUUGUCGGCCCUAUCGGUCUCGGAAGGCACAUAAUGCCCACUUGGUGAAAUUAGCACCAGAUUUGCCUCCUGUAAAUCUUCCCCCUUCUGUUCGUGUAGUUUCUCAAACUGCUUUUAAAGGGUUCCAGUGUGGAACAUCCAAGGUUUAUCCUCCUGGAGGUAGUGUAGCUGCUUGUAGAAAAGAUAAUUCUGCACCUCAUGGUGAGAAAUAUGAAAAUGUUCAUCUUGUUAAAGGUGCAAGCCCUGCAUUGAAAGACAGUGUCACUGGUUCUCACUUAGAAAGAUCUGAAACUGUUGAAGGCAUAUCUAUUGUGGCAGAAAAAGGCACUUGUACUGAUCUCCAGAUGCAUCCUCUAUUGUUCCAGGUCACUGAAGAUGGCAAUGUGCCUUAUUAUCCAUUGAAAUUUAGUUCCGGUUCUUCUAGUUCCUUCAGCUUCUUCUCAGGAAACCAACCCCAAUUAAAUCUGAGUCUCUUCCAUAGCUCCCAGCAACAAAGCCCCAUUGAUUGUGCUAACCAGUCCAUAAAGUCAAAGGAUUCCACUUCAAGAUCUGGAGGCAUUGAUUUUCAUCCACUUCUGCAAAAAUCUGAUGAUAUGCCACAAUCACCAACCAAUUUUGAUGCUAUUCCUCCUGAGUCACAGGUUAAUAGUGGUGUGCCGGCUAUGGCAAAUACAUCUUCUGGCCUUAAUGACAAAUGUAAUGAACUUGACUUGGAGAUUCACCUAAGUUCUGUAUCUGGAAGGGAAAAAUGUGUGAAAAGUAGACAGCCAAAGGCACAUGAUCUAGUAGGGUCCAAGAAAACUGUAGCAAUUAGUGGAACAGCAAUGAAACCUCAAGAGGAUAGUGUUCCUUAUUGUCAGAAGGGUGUUGAAAAUCUUCCAGCUAGCACUUGCGAGCUUGCUUCAAGUGCCCCUUUGGUUGUUCCUAAUGAUAACAUUGCCAGAUAUGAUGUAGAUGAUAUUGGUGAUCAGUCUCAUCCUGGGAUAGUGAUGGAGCAGGAAGAGUUAAGUGAUUCUGAGGAAGAUAUUGAAGAACAUGUAGAGUUUGAGUGUGAGGAGAUGACUGAUUCUGAAGGAGAGGAUGGUUCUGGCUGUGAACAAGCACUUGAGGUUCAAAAUAAGGAGGUCCCAAUUUCUUCCGAAGAAAAUGUUGUAAAGUGUAUGGCUGAUAUGAAAAAACCACGUGAACCUAGGGCCAAUUCUGAUACUCAAGUUGAUGGUGGCCUCCUUACAAAUAAUACUAUACAAAAUAUUACUUUGACUAGUGAGGGACAGGACGACAGAAGUUGUUCUUCUUGGCUAAGUUUAGACUCAUGUUCGGCAGAUAAUCCUGUACUUUGUAAGGCCACACUUCAACGGAGUACGAUUGGUGAAGCUUCUGCUUCCCGAAACUUUUCAGUUGGUAAAGCUGUCAAAGAUGAGAGACAUACCAUAGACAUGGUACAACUGCCAAACAUAGGUCGUCAUGUGUCUACCACUCCACGAAAAUCCAGGAAGCGUUCUGGCAAAGUGAAUGCAAAUUUAAAUAUAGGAUUGACUGUUGAGAGUUCAAGCCGUGAAGUUAAUCAUGAAAAUGGUUGAUUGAUGGAGUUCAAACAGAAUUGACUAUUGAAAGAUCAAGGCAUGAUGAUGGUAACAUGAAGAUGGUUGAUUGAAGUGCUCUGGCAAAUGAAGUGCAAAUAAUAGACUUCUGCAGGUUCAAACUUCAAACCAUGACGGUAAUGUUGAAGAUUGUUUUGAUUGAUGCCAUCUGAACUAACUGAGCUUGUUUUUGUUAUUCGUGGGGGGUGUUGGUAGCUUCGGCAUCUACUAUUAUUUCUAUUGCUGGAUGGCAGUUAACCAAAGCUUGGGUGGUACCGUGGUACAACCCUCCCCCCCAGGUCUUUUAAUGGGGGAUCUUUCAUGUUUUCUAGUUGCUCCACCAAGAAUUAAGAUAUUAAAUAGGUAUUACGCGCAAUGGUUGAAGUGAUGAUGUCUCUGUAAAUAUGUCGAGUGGUCAUGGGAAAAAUUGGCCUUGACAUCGGAAAUCAUGUACAUUACUCGCAAGUUCAUGAUCGUUGGAGAUCAUGUAAAAAAAUUUUCUAUUGCGGGUGUCCAUUGUCUCUAGUUCAUGGUGGAAUUGAUGAAUUGUAUAGAGCUUACUAUAUAUUCUUCACUAAUUCUUAUGUGCCAACAAGUAAUGUUUAAGAAAGUGCCAAGAACACGUGGGCAAGCCAUCCCAGACUUGCUUUUGCCUGCACGCCUUUCUGGCAUUACUGUUGUUGAAAGUAAAUAUUACUCGUUAUUUUAAAUUU